AUUUGCCGCUCCCAUCUUCAUCUCCUUUGCCGCUCCCAUCUUCAAUUCAAACCUAAAAUUCAUCCUCUGUUACACAUCAAGUUCAGCUUUGCCGUUAGCGUCGAUAAGGUUUGGCCGAUGUCAACUCUUCAAUAGUUACAAUCUCGAGUUUAAGUGGACACUGGAACAUUAGAAGCACGAUGGAGUUCUAUCAGACCGAUUCUCAAGCACUUCUGGUACAGAUUCGACGUCAAGAGGUCCUUUUGAAAUCGAAAAGAAGAUGGCUACUGGGCCUUCCUACAUCUGUGUCUAGACCAAAGUAUUCUGAUCAUUCUGACUUUUUAAAUAAACGAAACUUGCCUGAAUCGUUGCUGAGAGAAGAUGAUGUUUUUUAUGAGACUGUCAAAACAAGAGUUGAAGAAGCGUUUGGAGUGUUAAAUGUUGAAACAAGGCAUCUCGGUAUUCGAGCCAAUCGAAUAUUAGAUACUUGCAAAGUUGGAAAACUCAUCAUGUCAUGUCUCAAUGAUCUGAGCAUCAGGGGACUUUACCUUCUUGCCAUAAUACUUACUGAAGACUCUGUCCAAUUGGAAAAGACUCGUUGGAAGCUGAAAAGAGCCAUCAAAGAAUUUAUUCCAAAAGUUCUAAGAAGGAAGAGUGAAGACUGUCGACAAUUGGAAAUGGUUAAAGGAUUGUCUCAACUUUUCAACGACUCAAAAAAUUUUCGAAGAAGAUGCUCAGCAACUUUGACAUCGAGUUCGUUAUCUAUCCAUGAUGCUGUAUCACAGGUGCUGUAUGGAUUAGGAGACCUGCCCACCCAAGUUCUAUUAGCUAUGCGUCGAAAGCUUGAAGGAGUUCGAUUUAUGCCUCAGAUGAAACGUCACAGGCAUGGGUGGGGUCGUGAUCGUCUGAUUAAUCUUCUUACAAAAAUUAGUGAGAAGAUGCUUUCAUCAAUUGGUGAAGGAGAUGAAUUGCAAGAAUCACUUGCAAAAGCCAUGGCAGUGGCUGAUUUAUCACACAAACUAGUACCAGGUCGUCAUAAUUCGUCCUUAAUUGAGUUCUAUCCCUUCUCACCCCAAAUAAAAACCUUGCACAAUGAAAUAGUAAAAGCUAUAUGGUUUGUUAGAAGGAAGGGUAACUUUCAGAAGCUCAAACAGUUGAAAUCUUUGUUGGAUCCUGAUGCUAAAGUGUCCCAUAGGAAUCUAAGACAUUCAAUUAAGGCGAUGUUAAUAGACUACCUUUUUGAAUGUAGUGAUAUGGACACUGUGCCGAAAUCUCUUUUGAAAGCUUUAGCUUUGGUAAAUGCGGAUUCUCGAAGUGCAACAGAUUCAGUUUUCUCACAAGAUGAAAUUGAAGAGGAUGCUGAAUGUGUAUUUAGUCUGAGUGCUCAGAUGAAACAAGUAGUUUGGGAUUUACUACCUAACUGUGACUUUGAACAUGACUUUGCUGAUGCAUAUAUGGAAGAGUUGGAAGAAAGCGAUGAUGAUUUUGAGGAAAUUAAUGAUGAUAGUUGUGAUGGCUGGCCUCAAGAAGACAAGGAACCCCAAUCUGUUUAUGUUGAAGGUAUGGGGGAAUCAAUGCCGGCCAAUUUGGAUCAUUCUUCAGUAGGGAAUAUCUUGGCCCCUAGUCAGGCAUCCUUAAAUAAUGCAGAUGUGGAAUCCCUCCAAUAUUCUACACCUAUGCAUGUUAAGAGGGAGGGUUCUUUAGAUUCUUCUUUUAGUUGCCGUCUUUCAUUCAUGGAAUCCAAAGGUCAACAUGAUGCAUGUAACCUGUCUUCCAACCAACAAGUGGGGAACGAAGGCACACCAAAUAUUUUGUUGGAUAAGAACUCUACUAGUUAUACUUCAAAAACAGGCUGUUUAAGUUCUUUCAACAUGUCAUCUCCAAUGCCUCGGAUGGAGCCUAGUAAGCCAAGCACGUUUAAGAAUCAAUAUCUUAUGGUUCAAGAAGCUUGUGAUGAAACUAGCAUGAUUGCUUAUAAUUUCAUUGGCCGCUUGCUAGAAGAGUUUGCAAGGAGUGAAGGCGUAGAGUUAGAUUGGUGUGCUAAUUUAUAUCUGAGUAGCAACUCUUCAAUUGAAGAAGACCUUUCUGAAGUUGAACAGACUCAUAUUAAGGCUAAGGGAAAUGAUUCAGUAAUUAUUAAAGUUUGUCAGGAGUUAAUACCUCCUCUUUCUAAAAGUGGAACAAAGAGACUUCAACAGUUGCUGGGAUUGUGAUUCUCAAGGGUUUUUGUUGGUCUGAGUUAGCCGUUGAUUUUUGGGCACUCUGAUGAUGGCAUAGCGACCAGAAUUGAAUCACUCGAAUUCAACCAUAAGUGGAAUGAAGCAGCUGCUAUUGUGUUCGAGGAAGUUCGUAUGAGGCAUUUUAGCAAAAACUUAUGGAAAGUAGAAUUGCCAGAGAAGAAAAGGUUUCAUGGUUCGGGAAGUUUAACAUCCUCUAGAAGAAUUAUUUCUUCAACUUAAUCUUGAUCUGGGUUUACUCCAGAUACACGGUUUCAUCACCGAGACGGGAAGGUUAAAAUAUAACUUGAAAGAGCAAUUAGGUUGAGGACAUUUUAGUGUCUUUAAACUGUAAUAAGAACACUCUUUUUUCUGCAGAACUUUCAAUGGCCUUGGCAUUUGAUAGAUCUCUUUUAAAGUAAUAGAGCUUCUAAUCGAUUCGGUAUUCAGUCUUUGACAUCCGUCGGAUGUAAGUUCUUCUGGUUGUGUUGAUGGUGAAAGCUAGAUAAAAAUGUGGUACAAAACAGCUGAAGUAAAGAAGGGUAGCAGAUGGCAGUAAGAACUGGCUUUCCAUUUUUAGAGAGCAUGAGCACAAUAAAUGGAGGGGGAAUAUUAAUUGGUUACUAUUAUUAUUGUUGCUUUUUUUUUUUCCUUAUUUGAUUCUAUGUAAGUUGAACGUUUAUGAACAUUCUGAUUGUAAUUACUGCUUAUUUUCCAUUAAUUACACAUUUUUAAUGUAUUUAUUCAAAAUCUAUGCGAUGAAGAUUCUUUUUUGUGUGUA